AUGGCGGUGGCAGAUGUGAAGUUAAAUUCACCAACUCAAACAAACAGUCAAAGUGUUGUUGUCAAUGUCAAAGACAGAGAUGUUGAAGUGGGGAAACCAUACGAAGACGAAGAUGGUAUAACAAUUGUUCCUGUAAAAGAACCAACAUAUCCUGAAGUUAGCAGAGACUUAAGUUCUGUUGCAGAUAUUCGAAACGACUACCAACAACUGAAAGACAAAC